UUUACGUCAAUGCUGGUAACCAAUCAACGGUCAGCGUCGUCUCGAUAGCCAAUCAGCGCUCAGACCAUUCUCUUGAAUUCUCUCCAGCGGGCCGUCGUGUGUUUUGAUCGAUAAGAGUGAGAAAAGUCCUGAGAAGUUUAAAGAGUGCGCCUAACUGUCUCUAAAUAACAAAACACACCGUGUGUAAACGGUUUAGUUUAAACGUAGAAUUGACAGAUCGUGUUGGAAAUGUUGCUAGCGGAAGUGAAAAGGCUGAAAGUGGCCGAGUUGCGUGCGAUGUUAACCGCGCGAGGGCUGGACUCCAGAGGCCUGAAGGCCGAGCUGGUGGUCAGACUGAUCUCUGCGAUCGAAGCCGGUGUUGAGCCCAUCACAAGUGGAGCUGAGGGGGGUGAAACGACGAGUAAAGAGCCGCAGAAGUCUCACUCAGAGCAGUCUGUUAGGACGCGGUCUCCAGUGAGCAUUGAUCCUCCUAAAGAGAGCAUGACUGCUUACACUGACCAAAGCACACAGACUGACCCUCUUCAGCUGUGCUCAUGCACUGCACCAACAGCCAUCUCUGAAGAGGAGAGACAGCAGCAUCCAGCCGCCUUGGCAACCGUUGCUACGGAAGAUGCAGAGUCAGGAUGCUCAUCAUCAGUCUUGGCCACUUCAGAGCCAGAAACAGCACAAGAGCAGUAUGGAGCCGAGACCGUGGACUCCACGGCAGACGAGAUCAGGCAGCUCAAGAGAGGCAGAGAUUAUUACGAGUUCAAAGAGGACGUGCAUUACAACAGAGCUAAAACACCAGAGCUGCUGCCGGAGCCCGAGGAAGAAGCGAACAUAGAUUUGGAAGAUGUUCGACUGGAUUCCUAUAGCUGUGACCUGCACUUCGAGGUGGACUCUGAUGGAAGCAGCGGUCAGCCGCUCUUCUGGGAGACGUUCCCUCUGCUUUGGUCGGGGUGCAGGAUGACCCAUGGAUUCAGUCAAGGGAAGGUCGGAUUCGAAGCCAAGUUUGUGAAGCGGCUGUCAGCUCCUGCGCUGGACACAAGCUGUGACCCGGAUCCUCAUGUGCUCAGAGUGGGCUGGUCUGUGGACAACACAAGCCUUCAGCUCGGCGAGGUGGAGCUGUCGUAUGGUUAUGAUGGACGGGGGAGGAUCGUAACUGGAGGAAAGGAAGAGGUUUUCGGCGAGCCUUUCACAGAAGGAGACGUCAUCGGUUGCUAUGCGUUCAUCAGCGAGACAGGAGAGGCGACGCUUUCGUUUCACAAGAAUGGACGAUCUCUCGGCGUGGCGUUUCGCCUGAACUCUUCCUCUCUCGGAGGUCAGGACCUCUUUCCUCACGUGCUUUGCAAAAACUGUUCGGUUGCUGUAAAUCUGGACCCGGACGCUCCCUGGCAUCCUUUUCCCGCUGGUUUCUGCACGCUGCUCACACUUCCUCCCGGUCGCAGGACCCGAGCUCUUCUGCCGACAACAUCUAAAAGUGAAUGCGAGGUGUUGAUGAUGGUUGGUUUGCCGGGUUCUGGUAAAACCCACUGGGCUCAGGCUCACAUGCUCCAGAACCCAAAGAAACGGUACAAUCUUCUAAAUACAGACUCCAUCUUGAACUGCAUGAGGGAGCCUCCUGGAGCCAAUCACAGAGAGCUGAUGCUGCAGCAGGCCACUCAAUGCGUCAGUCAGCUGAUCAGAAGAGCUGCAGCCCGGAGGAGGAACUACAUCCUCGAUCAGGCCAACAUUUAUCAAUCUGCCCGGCGACACAAGAUGCUGUGUUUCCAUGGUUACCAGCGAAGAGCGGUGGUGGUUCUUCCAGCUGAUGAGGUGUGGAGGAGACGUCUUGUUCAGUGGCAAGAGCAGGAGGGCACCACCCUUCAGGAAACGUCUCUUCUCAAAGCCAAAGUGAGCUUCACGCUUCCAGAGCAGGGAGAGCAUCUGGAUCAGGUGAUGUUUGUGGAGCUCAGCUCUGACGAGGCCCUGAAGCUUUUAAUGCAUUAUAAAGAGGAAGCCCGCCGUCUCCUGCCCACACCUCCCAAGCGCAAAAAACACAGACAAGGAAGUCAAAACCGUCCCAUUCAUCAUUGUGGAUGGAGAGGAGGUCCGUUCGGCUCUCACUUUACAUCCCAGAAAAAACAGGGUCGCCAUCCAUCUGCCUCGGGUCGCUCUUACGGAUGCAGCAGCGAUCCACAGCGAUACAGGAAUUAUUACAGACCAUACACUGGUCAGUGGAGCUUGUCCGAGCAAAACCAGAGUUGUUAUGGCGGAGUGUAUCAUGGCUGUUCGAGUUAGUUCUGAUAAACCCAGAACAUUGACACAGCAGGAAACAUCCCAAUCAGAGCGUGCUUUGCUCUGAUUAACAGUGCUUCAUCUUUACAAAAAUAAUUGGUUCUGUCUGGCUGUAAUUUCAUUAGCAUUGCUCAUAAUGAGGAGCCAGCUUGAGUCCCAGAAUGCAGUUUGUUUUUAACGGGUAGCUGCUCAUACAUCAUCGGCUGUUUAUAUUUAUGUGUUAGAAUUAUCAGAGACUGUUAAAAUGUAUUUUCAGGGAUCUACUGAAUUUUAUACAGUUUUAUUCUGCUUUCUAAACACUGAAUCAUGAUUGAUUUCAUCAACAGCAUUGUACUGUAAAGAAGACAUUUCUUAAUAUUUCAACUUGAGCUUCUUCGAAAAGACUUUCAUCGAGAAUCCCACACUAACAUUCACCAAAGUAAUUUUUUUAUCUUUAUUGAUUUAAUAUAAAAAGUUGUUUCUUUAAAAUUCUGUCACCGAGAGUACAUUUCAAAUUAAAAGUCUGUCACACAAAAAAAAUACAUUUCUAUAGAAAAUGAUGCAGGAUACACUUCACAUGUAUUCAGUACAAGAACUUCUGUAUAUAUAUUAUGAAAAUAUUUUAACUUUUAACGGCCACCAUUAUACAAAAACUACUGUUUUGUAAUGUAUGUUUUUGCAACCUUUCAAACAAGUAAAAAUAAACCGUUGGUCCUGA